AGUGACUUUAUUACGCUCACGGGAUUAAUGAAGUAAUUAUUUUUAACCCCUUCAAUGCUGUUGCUCAUAACAACAAACAAUGGCGGACAAGGUCGAUAUAACCUCCUCCAUCAUUGCUAUAGCCCAAGAAGUAACCGGAACAGAUUCAUCUCUCGCGGAUCACGCCCGAUCCUUCCUCAAACUGAGGGAUCUUCUCAGCGACAGUAGCCUCAACUUCACAACAUUAACUGGGGCCCACUACCUUAUUUGGAAGUGUGAUUUGCUACAUGUCUUGGUCGAGGAGUUACGGGUUGACUUUACGCAAGUUGACGUUGGUAAUGGUUGGUAUACUGGAGUUAUUUUAGGUCGAUUAUUGAGUAACGUAUGCAGUAACAUAAAACCAUUGGAAAGGAAGGAGGGAGAGGAGGAGGAAGAGGAGGCAGAGAGAAAUGAAGAAUUCUAUGAAAUGCUACUACCAACGGCAGCCGACUCUUUCCUUAUUCUAGCUAACAAUAUUCACGAGUCGGACAACUCUUCCCAUUCCAUUUACUUGGAUCAGUUUGAGGCUGUCACAGAUGCCCUUAUAAGACUGUGUUUCGCUCACAACGACUGCAUUAAACGAGUGAUUGAGUCAUCUUACCUCUUGCACCUAUUGGUAUCAGAUAAUGUCGACUAUUCCCUUUCGAUAAUGAGAUUCCUUCAAGAACUGGUGAAAAUAGAUGGUGAAAUCAUUGAGUGUGUCAGCACUAAGAUAUUAGAGAGCAUAUUAGAUGAGCUAGUUUAUAAGGUUGGAGGACCACACAAAGAACUGGCUAUCACGGGGCUGAGGCUCUUAGCAAUACUCUCUAGUUAUUCUGUGAUUGUUGUUGAACUAAUUAGUGAGAAAUAUAGAGGGUUCUCCCUUCUACUGGAGAAGUGGAGCCAGACAUCAAUGGAUGCCUCAAUGGUCAAAUUUGUGAGCACUUUACUGGAAAGAGUGAAAGCAUCCGAUGAGGAUAGCUCACUCCAAAAAGCAGCUGUAUUUAUUCAGGCUGGCUGGCGUGGAUACGCCACGAGAAAAAGACUACAGAGAAUGAGGAAAGGUUUUGUGUUGUUGCAGAGAUUAGUUCGUAAGAGAAGGAGGGACAAAGAGCUAAAGAAACGUCAGAACAAUGGCUUAAGGAGCAGAGAAAUAAGAAAAAUGAGAGAAGAGAGAGAACAUGAAAUGGCACUGCUCGAGUCAAUGCCAGCCUCUUCAGUUGCUAAGUAUUUGACAGAUCAAAAGAACAGUGCAGCAGUUAUAAUUCAGCAAUGGUGGAAGAGUAAGAGGAGGAAGAGAGAGCAAGUUACAGGCCAAUUGGAGAGAAAUAGGAGUGCAGUAAUUAUUCAGAGAGCCUACAAGAAAUUUAUAAAGAGAAAGAAUGAGCCAAAUCAAGAAGCAAGGACUAGUAGACAAUCUAUCAAUCCUGUGAAAAGUCCAGAUAGGACUAGCUUAGCCAGUAUGCUGGACUGGUUUUAUACAAGCAGAGCAGAAGCAAGAGAAGAAGAAAGGAAAAGAGCAUUAUUGCUAGCACAGUUAUCAAGUCAGUGUAAUUUACUACUCAAUAUGCCUUCACUUGCUGACUCUACUGUUGGCAUUGAGACAAUGUUUCUAUCUGGUUCUUCGCAGACUGUAGCCUCAAUGGCAGAAAAGGCUCACUCUGAGAAGAUAGCAUCGCUAAGCCUUCCAUUAUGGAAGAGGUCACAUGAAAAGGACAGAGUAUAACUUAUUUUAUGUCCUCAGCAAUAACUUAUUAACCUAACUGUACUGUAUCUAAUUGAUUUGUAUUCAUAAUACAUGUAGUUUGUAUGUCUCUUGAUACUUUAUUAAAUGCUCUCUCAAAGGAAAA